AUGUUUAAAACAAUAAUUGUGUUCACGCUGAUCCCCUCCAUCUCACCACCACCACAACAGGCGACAGAAGUCACGGCGCACACCACAGCCAACAGGCGGCAGUACUCACGCUGUUCUCCGCGCGCUCAUGACGAGCAGACGCAGCGUCUGACGUCACUGCUCACAGCAGCAAUGGCGGCUCCCACAGAAAGCACGAGUGAAACGCCAACAAAUAAAAACCAGAAAAAGAGCAAAAACACAGGUACAAUGAUACUGAACAAUCAGACGGUUCCAGACGGCUGGAAAGAGCGCAAGUUCACCCGGGUGGACAAUCCCAGAGGUCUGCUGGAGGAGAGCAGUUUCGCCACGCUUUUCCCCAAGUACAGAGAGGCGUAUCUGAAAGAGUGCUGGCCGCUGGUGCAGAGGGCUCUCGGAGAUGUUUUCAUCAAUGCCACACUGGACCUGAUUGAAGGCAGCAUGACGGUGCACACAACAAAGAAAACAUUUGACCCCUAUGCCAUCCUCAGGAUACGAGGGAUAAUUAAAUAUUUUACUUAAUUCAUAAGUAAACCAUUUGAACAGGCUGUAAGGAUACUAGAAGACGACGUGGCAUGUGACAUCAUUAAAAUUGGGACGCUUGUACGCAACAGAUAGAGCCCCAAGUGAACAAAGCUGAAGGCUCUCGAGCUGCUGACCAGCUGUUACGUGAUGGUUCAGGGAAGCACGGUUUCUGCUCUCGGCCCUUACAGCGGCCUCAAGGAGGUACGGAAAGUGGUGUUGGACACGAUGAAGAAUAUUCACCCCAUUUACAACAUAAAGACGUUAAUGAUCAAGCGAGAGCUGGCGAGCGACCCAGAGCUGCGCACUCAGAACUGGGAGAGAUUCCUGCCCAACUUCCGCCAUAAGAGUCUGUCCAAACGCAAGCAGCCCAAGAAGAAGACGGUGAAGAAGGAGUACACUACACUCCGUCCCCUCCCCCACACACAAACAAAGAUUGAUAAGGAGCUGGCGACCGGCGAGUUCUUCCUGCGAGAGAGCGAGAAGAGACGGCAGAAGAUGAAUGAAAUUAAGGCGAAACAGGCUGAAGCUUUAACCAAGAGACAAGAGCAGCGGCAGAAAGCUUUCAUUCCUCCUAAAGAGAAGCCAGCCGUGAAGAAGAGCAAACCAGCAACAGCCGAAAACAAAAUUGAUAUUCAAGCCAUUAAAGAAAAAGUGAAGAAAGCGAAAAGUAAAAAGCUGGGAGCUCCUCCUGUAAACCCCGAGAGGCCUUCAGCGAAAGACGGCAAACGGAAGAAAGUCAAGAGCUAAUGACGGUGAUCCUGAUCGUUGCUGUAAUAUUGUGUUUGUAUAAAAGAUGUUUGGUCUCA